AUGGGCUCCAAAAAGUCCACCCCGUCGCGUGCCGAUGACUCUGAAGUCGGACCGUCCUCGAGGUCCUCAACGAGCAUCAAUGAUCCAGUCUACGCUCAGUCAACAAGCGCGCCGUCGCGGCCAGCUUCACGGCCAUCGGUCGUGGGGACAGGGACAGAGACAGAGGCCCGGAAAGACGACCCGGUCUAUUCGCAAGUCGAUGCCGCCGCGGGAGACAACCAGGCAGCACGGGGUCAGAGUCAGAGCCAGGUCAACGAUCCGGUAUACGGCCAAACCCAGAUAGUUACUUCGGCGUCAGACCCUCCUGCGCCGGGCCCGGGACAGGGCAAAGUCCCGCCGGCGGACGAUCCUGUGUAUUCGCAAUCUCGGCGACAAGCAGCGGGUCAGAGUCAAAUCAAUGAUCCGGUAUACGGCCAGCCCCAGACAGCUCCUUCGGCGCCAGGUUCGCGUGAAAUGGGUCCUGGACAGGGUAAGGUGUCGGCGGCGGAUGAUCCUGUGUAUUCUCAAUCGAGGGGCGUGAGAGGCGGUGUGCUGAGUGACCCCGUUUAUGCCCAGCCUGUCUCCGCUUCAGCAUCCCCGAGUGCACCAGGGCAGGGGCUACGAGCUGGGAGGGUUCAGACGGCAGACGACCCGGUCUCGUCUCAAUCGAGUAUAGGGACACAGAACACCACCACCGUGAACGACCCUGUGUACGGCCAGCCGCAAUCUAUUUCGUCUACGCCAGAAACACCUCCUGCCCCAGUAUCUGGAACUGGCCAGGCAUCUCCGUCGGAGGAUCCAGUGUAUUCUCAACCACAGGCGAGCUCGACACAGAACACCACCGUCAAUGACCCCGUAUACGGCCAACCGCAAUCUAUAUCGUCCACACCAGAAAAUCCUCCUGCCCCAAUGUCCGGAACAGGUCAGACACCUCCAUCCGACGAUCCAGUGUCCUCCCAACCACAAUCCAAGGCCAGCUCCACAGCCUCCAGCCGGCUCAACCAACUAAGCUCCCAAAUCUCGCCGAUGCAACAAGAACCACAAACCACCCAACCCAACACAAAACGGUCCCGCAAGUCCAAAAGAUCCUCCAAAUCCUCCGACCCCUCCGAGUUACCCGCCGACUACAGCGACAUCCUCACGCACCUGCAUACCCUCCGCAGCAUCGCCACAACGCCCGACCCUUCGUCGAGGGGCUACAUACGCCAAAAGACCUCGGGAAAACUCUGGUCACGCGAACGCAUUUCCACGCUCCUCGACCCGUCCACCUGGCGCGAAAUCGGUUCCGUGACGGGGACCGUCUCGUGGGAGAAAGAUGCGCAAAACCCACAAACCGAGCACGUCGGGGGUUUCAUACCGAGCAACAACCCGCAGGGGUUCGGCCGGAUCACAUGCCCGAGGACGGGGAUCAGGAGACAAAUCUAUCUGACGAGCGAUGACUUCGCGAUCCGGUCCGGCCACGCGGACGGAUCCGUGGGGAUCAAGACACUGUACGGCGAGAAGCUGGCCCUGCGCCUCAAAGUCCCCGUGGUGAAACUCGUCGACGGCUCCUCCGGCGGCGGCAGCGUCUCGACCAUCAUCACAAACGGGUACAGCUACAUGCCGCACGUGACGCUGCUCUCGACGGUCAUCAAGCAGUUGAACAUGGGCAUCCCCAACAUCGGCGCCGUCUUGGGUCCCGCGAUCGGCCUGGGCGCCGCGCGCGUCGUGAGCACCCAUUUCAGCGUCAUGGCCGGGGACAUUGGGUCCCUCUUCAACGCGGGGCCCAAGGUCGUCGAGGGGGCCACGUUCGAAGAAGGCCUCUCCUUCGCCGACCUCGGCGGUCCCAAUGUGCACUGCACAAACGGCACCAUCGACAACCUCGCCGCCAACGAGCAGGAGUGUUUCGACCAGAUCCGUACCGUGCUGGGCUACUUGCCGUCGUGCGGACAGUUCCAGCCCCCUCCCGUUCUCGACACCUGUGACGACCCCGUCGACAGAGAAGAUUUGGCCUUGAGAAGUAUAGUGCCCCGCAAGAAGAGCAGGAUGUAUAACCCCUACACCAUCAUCCUCUCGGUCGUCGAUAAAGGCUCGUGGUUCGAGAUCGGCGCCCUCUGGGGACGCACGGGCAUCACGGGGCUCGCGAGACUCGGCGGCCGGCCGGUCGGGAUUCUGUCCCUGAACUGUGAAGUCAACUCCGGCGCCUUGGACGCGUUGGGGAGCCAGAAGUUGAUGAAGAUGCUCAAGUUUUGUGAUGUGUUUAAUUUGCCUAUUGUGCAGUUUGUGGACGUUCCUGGCUACGCCAUCGGCACGGUCGCCGAACGGACCGCCACCAUGAAAUGGGGCGUCGAGCUCGGCAAGGCCUACUACAGCACCACCACGCCAAUCUUCAACGUCGUGACUCGUCGCGCGUACGGGGUCGCCGGCGGCAUCAUGCUCGACAGCCGCGAACCAUGGAUGCGGAUCGUCUGGCCCUCGGGCAAUUGGGGAUCUUUGCCAUUGGACGGCGGAAUUGAGGUCGGCCACCGUCAUGAACUGAAGAUGAUCCGCGAAAAGGAAGGUGAGGAAGGGUGGAAGAGACGGUACAAGGAGCUGGAAGACGAGUACAUCAGGUUGAUGAACCCGGUGCGGACGGCGAACGUCUUCAAUGUGGAGGAAAUUGUGGAUCCAAAGGACACGAGGAAGAUCUGUUGUCGCUGGACGAGGGAGAUGUAUGGUCUCCCGAUGCAGGAGCGGUUGGCGGAUAGAGCCUCUGGCAAGCUGCAUGCGGUGUUUACUUGA